GCUGGUCAUCGACAGCAGAGCCCAUCUGUUCUGUCUAUCCACACAUGCUCGCUCAAGCACUCACUCCCCCACUCACUCACUCACAGGAUCACUGCACGUGACGCAUCGGUCGGUAUCCGUCACGUCAAGGUGGCGCCGUGUCAUGAUGGGACAGGUUCUGCGGUGCCCCACAGCUGCUUGAGCCUGGCGUCGCGGCCACACGACCUCCUGUAAAACUUGUACAGCUCGGAACUCUUCUUGUAGUAGUCCUGAUGAUAAUCCCUGCACACACACAACACCAUGUGCUGUUGGCCUCUCCCUCUCUCCUUUCCGCCCUCCUCACUCGGCAGGGAAGAAUGUGGCGGCCGGGAGUAUCUCUGUGGCUAUGGAUCGGCUGCCGAGGGCGCCUGAGCUCUGGAGCUUCUUCUUGCUUUCCUCAGCUAUCCGACGCUCAGCAUCGGUGCGCACAAAGAUCGCAGAACUGACGACAGACGGACGCAGAUAAACGUGGCCUGUGCUGUGUCUGCCAUGUGGGCUUCUGUGUGUUCGCUUACGUGUAUUGUUUGCCCUUGUCGCAGAACUGUCCUGCUCUGUCGGUGGGGUCAAUAGACCGCCAGAAGAAAUCCACCAACGACUCGUACGAUGUCUGCACACAGGCAGGGCAAAUAGAUGUCCCGGCAAUUAGGGCAAACCUUCCUUGUGUGUGUGUGUGUGUGUGUGUUGUGUGUUCGCAUACCACUGAUGGGUCAUAUACGACGAGCACCGACUCCCGGUGCCCCGUCACGCCCUUGGACACCUGCAGGACGGGCAGAAAGACAGACACACAGACGCAUCCAUUGCCUCGGCCACUGGCCCGCCCUGGGCUCACUGACUGACACACCUGUUGAUAAGACGGAUUGGCCACAUUGCCUCCAGUGUACCCAGACACGACAGAGUUCACCCCCUUCAAGGCCUCAAAAUCUGCACCCGCCCGCGAUGUGAAGAGACAAGCAUGGGACGUUCCUCCCUCUCUCUUUCGCUCUCCCACUCUCCUCGGCGCACGCACCUUUCUCGCUGCACCAGAAGCAUCCUCCAGCGAAUGCCGCCACCUCAUAGCCAUAGCCCUUCACAGCGGCCGCCAGGUCAUCGGCUGACGGCACGUCGCCCUGAAGCGACUCCCGGCUGAAGUCAAUCUUCUUAGUCCUGCUGUCGUAGAUGGGCAAGCCACCCGCAUCUGCUGCAUCUGCCGCACCAGCUGCUUGCAGGAAGGAGAAGGGAACCUCACGCAGGGAGACGGGCCGCCGCUGGAGCAGUUGACGCGAAAGAUCGUCUGCCGUCCUCACUAUGGCUGGCGGAUCUUGCAAGGGAAUCAGUGGUGGGGCGUCCGCAAGGGCAGCCAGCGCGUGAAGCGAGGGAGAGCCAGGCGGCCGUCCUCUUCUUGCCUGUUGGUGUGGCGAUGAAGGUGGCUGCAGGAAUGCAUCGGCAGCAACCAGCAGUGCCUGGCAAAUGGCAAACAGCUUCAUUCUGCAGACCUCGU